AUGGCAGCAGAUCCCUGUCAGCGGCAGCGGCACCAGCGGUGCCAGUGCGUCCAAGUCACCUCCUCAGUCGGCGCAGGCGACCCGGGCGCGCAGGCAGGACCUGGCUCCUGCCCUGGGCGGCGGGCAGAGAGGCGGGAGGGCCGAGGUGGGCCCGGGGCCGCUGGGGAGGACGCCGGGCUGCGGCCCCCCCUAGGCGGUGUGCGGCAUCCAACAGCGCCCGGCGGGGACGCGGGCCGGGGAGGGAAGGGAGGGAGGGCGCUCGGAGAGGAGAGCCCUCCCCCGCGGCGCUCGGAGGGGGCCGGGGGGCGUUCGACGGCGGCCGCCUCCCGCAGCCUCAGCUCUCCGCUCGCAUCGCCGCCACCGCCUCCUCCUCAGCCCGCCCUCCCUCCCUCCCCCGACUCGUCCGCCGGCGGCUCCGGCCGCCCCCGAGAGCCGCGCUGCGAGCCGGAGGUGCCGCUCCUUCAGCGCGAUCCUCGCCCGCAGCCGCCCCCUGUCAUCUUCGGCUCAAGCCAACAUGGCGCCCGCCGAGCCGAGCGAGGGGACGCGGCAGGGGAGACACGGACCCUCCGCCGCCGCCUCCGCCGCCCCCGCUCCCGCCGCGUCACACGCCGCCGCCCCGCGCGGCACCAUGGGGCUUGUAGGCGGCCGCGGCUCUCCGCCGCCGGGGCGGGGCCACCCGCCCUCCGCAGGCCCGGUCCGGCCCGCCCCGUCGCGGCGGCCUCUGGGCCUCGCCGGGCUCCUACAGCGUCGGUCGGGGCGGCUCCGGGGGGCUCCGCGGCACCACUUCCACCCCGGGCAGCAGAGACGCCCCGAGCUGCAUCUCCUGACAAGAGUCCCUCUACAGAUUGCCUGUAGAUAUGCUACAUUUUCAUGUAUUGUUUUAAUUUUUUUGCGCCGCAGAUCUUCAAGUCUGGGCCUUUUUAGUAAUGAAAAAAAGCUCCUGUAAGACUCACGGUGCAACAAUAACCUUGGAAGCACUCUGAGAAAGGAAACUCCCUCAUCAUGUCAAAUUCCCCUUCAGAAGCCACCUUGCUUCCUGAAGAGCUCUGCAUUUUGUUAUGGACCCAAGUUAUCAGAAAGUGUGUGUGCAACUGGUGUUUUAUCCAUUAUUCCAGGCAGCUCCUGGAGACCAGCAUUGAACAAAGAAAGGCAGUGCCUGAUGAAAAGUGCACUGCAGCUCAAAUACACACCAAAAAAAAUACACACAAGGCACAUGUCUACUGAAGAAAUGAGUUGGCCUUUUGAGAGGGGUGUGGAUAGGCACAUUCACAUACCAAGACUGUGAAACUGUCCAAGAAAAAAAAAAUAAAUCAAGAAAAUGAAGCAGA